AUGCAUUGUUGCGUCGGUGGAAGUCGCAUCGCCUCCUACCGCUCUGGUCACAUCACUUGCGCGGAAUAUGCUGCUCUGUCUGUAAGUCAAUUUCAACACAUCCUUCUUCUGGGAGGGCGCAUUGUUCUCCAUUCUCUGGCCUUCUAUGCUAAGCGUUACUUUGAAAGGAGCGGUUUUGAGGUGAUCUGCAAUUUAAAAGCGUCUGUGAUUGUGUUCCUUCUAUGCCUUCUGCAUGGCCCAAGUUCCCUCACUUUGGUGGAGGCAGAGGAAUGCUUCAACUCGUGGACCUUUCCAGGUUCCCAUGUGGCUGUCAGUGUGAAACCUAUUUUCAAGAAAACUGAAACCACCUUAGGGGGAAGAAAAGUGGUGUUACAAUGGGACUUUGAUCUUAUCAACAGAGCUGAUGACACAACGAAAAUACCCAUCAACGAUUAUUGGGGAAAACGUUACGGAACCAAAUUUGUGGCCAAUAAGGCUUUCUACAACGGAACUGCUAAAAUGAGCAUCAAUGUUGUUGACUCAAAGCUGAGGACGGAACGAUGUCCCUUUAUUGAGUUGCAGACACGAUCGGAAUCACCAACUCGGUGUCGAGCAUUUCGAAGCAGUCCCAGCAAUGCGCCCCUCAAUCUCUUCGUUUUUAACAGAACUGCCCAAAUGCAAGUGGAAGUAGGUGAAGGGCAGGACGGUUUCUGCUUUGACCGCCUUAGUCCAGGCACAACCUAUCACCUCUGUGUGGCAUCAAAUGACUGCCUGAAUGACUGGAAUUGUGGCACCUUUACAACAUUUCAAGAGACUUCUCAAAACACGUCUCUCUUUUCAAUGAACGUGUAUGUUGAGGGAGUUGAUUCUGAUUGGAUCCAAUUGAGUUGGCCACCUCCAAAUGUAAGAACACCUGCCUCGCCACCGAUUGGCUAUGUCAUCUCCGUUCGCAGGUAUAGGGCGUGCUGGGAAAGGGCAGUGUUUGUGUCUGCGCCGUGGAGCACCGAACAGGAAAGCGUCUUCAUACGCCACUCGGCUGAGAGGCUGGCAUCUGCCCACAGCUGCAAUGCCCGAAGAGUGAGUGUGGUGGAGGGACAAGUGGAUGGGUAUUGGCCCGACUUUCCAGGCUCGCGACGAUACACUUGGGUUGAGGGCUGGAACCGUGCUGAUGUGGACGAGCAGGGUCCGCUGGGCCUGUUUGCUGUCACAAUGACAAAUCUGCAAAGCAACACGCGCUACAACUUUGACGUCACACCGGUAUUCUACCCCGACCUCAACGUUCCUCCGCAGAGCGAAAGUGUAGAAGCCAGAACAGCCUCGAGUAGUUCAAAAGUCUCGUUGACACAGAGGGGCACUUCGGUGGAGAUAUACAAAUAUGGUGCCUACGAAGUCACGAUUUCUGAGAUUGGAGCCUACCCAAUGCACUGCAAUGACAACGUACCCACCUUCAAUAACGGAGCUUCAGAAAGGCUGUGUAGAACAUCCAGCCACAACACUUGGUAUUCCGUUACAAUUCCUUUAGGUUCGGGUGCUGUGUAUCGAAUUAAAAUAACCUCGAGUCACCCUCGUAACAUCUUCCAGAAGGUGCUCAGAACUCCUCCUGAUCAAUUGAAAUUUCAACCUCAAAUCAAAGCAACCGUCCUAUCAUCGAAUUUAAUUAACAUCCAAGUGUCUUAUCUCAACUGCACUGUGGCCAACCCUCUCGCCUUCAUUGUCCGUAUCUGCCAGACCAAGGACUACAAUCAAUGCAAACUGCAUCCACUUUAUUAUGAGGUCGUCAGUUCCUACAGUUUCUAUCAAAAUCGUUCUGUCUGGCAGGUGAACGAGAUGCGAAGUAGCGCUCACCUUAACGCACACAUUCGGCCACCAGACGACAAGAAUGUGCAAGUCUCUUUGUACGCGUAUCCCGGCGAUUCGUUCACAGGGGAAGAGCUUCUAUUAGGAUCCACCACCUCAGAAUCCCAACGAUAUGCCUGCAAGAACUGGUGCAUAUGGCCAGCUGGCGACUGGACCAACACACACGGACGUGCUCUUGGUACCUACAAUAGGGAGCUUGCGAGAAGAGAUGCUGACGGUAAAGCGUGUGAGGGCUAUUGUGAGCCUCUGACUGAGGCCAUCGACGGCGAAAGUGGAUGUGUUUCUCGUCACCGACAAAUGCAACUCUGCAACAUUCCCCUCUGCAGUGCUGUUGCCCUCCUCGGUUGCGUAACCGAUGUGGAUGCUAUGCAGGGAACAUCUUGGAUUGACAUGGAGUGGAAGAAUCCUAGGGAGCACCUCGCCUCCUCCUCCAAAUUCCUCAUCCUGGUCACCUCUCGCUACGAUGAAGAGGUUGGUCAGGUAUUCGUGGAGAGGAACUACCAAGCGGUACUACCGCCGUUCCUGCGUUCCGCAGUGCAAAGUCUUCAACACCAACAAGUCACCUACAUCACUGAUGACGUGCGGAGGGUCAACAUCACCAACUUAGCCCAGAACACGGAGUACAACAUCUCCAUUAUUCCCUACCUGUCGAACGGGCUCAUUGGAGCAGUUCUAGAAAGGACAGUCAAAACGAAAAUAGCGGCCCCCUGUCAGAUGGCGCAUGUCAGACUAAGACGAUCGGGCGGUAAUGUGACUCUGGUAUGGCACCUGGAUUUCAAAAGGACUUGCAGUGCACCAGAGCACCUUGUGGUAGGAAUAAAUGAGACAAGGCGAGACGUCAAACUGGCAUAUCCAUUCAACGAAGCCUAUUUGAAGCACAACUUUGAGUUCUGCAGGACCUACCUGUUCAGCCUGCGUUUUGAGAGCCUUGGAGGCACUUUUACCUACCCACACGUUCUUUCCUCCGCAAUCGGAUAUCCAAGUAAGAAUCUGCCCAAAGGCGUGCUAAGUUUGAGAGACUGUUUCGAUAAUGUCAGUGUUCCCACCAAAACGCAUUCGUCUUAG